CGAGCUCCAACGCCGAGCGAGGCACAUAAAUAAUGCUGAGCCAGAGCUGGAGCUGCGAGUCUAUCGAUUUACUACAUUGUUACGAUCGAACAAUCAACGGAUAAAAAGGAGGAGAGCAAUUAAAUCAAGAAGGAGAAAAAAAGGGGAAAAAAGAGAGGGGAAAAAAAAUGGGAAAAUCGCCGAACUCGUGCUUCAAGAUCAUCUCUUGCGGUGCUGAAUCCACUGACGCCGACGAUGAGCUCUUGCCGCCGGAGAGCAAGCAAUCAUCGGAUAAGCGCAGGUGGAGUUUCCGUAAGAGAUCUGCUAGACAUCAAGUACCAAGCAACACCGUGAUUUCUGAACCUCAAUUUGUUGGUGCUAACAAGGAAAUUCCAGAAGCAACAACUGAUAAAUUUUAUCCAGUGAAGGAUUCAUCUGUUCCAGAAAAGUACCCUGUCGUGGAAAAAGAAAAUGUAACAGAACCUUUAUCCUCAGCAGUUAGUCAUUUGGAAAAGCCAUCUUCUGAAGAACAGAAGAGUGAAACAACAUCAUUGGCCUUUGCUGCAGUUAAUUCAGGAAGUUCUUCAGUCGUGGAGCAGGCGAAUGAAACUGUACCAUUUUCCUCAGCUGCCGUUGAUCCAGAAGUAAAAGUUACAUCAGAUACUGGUGAAAUCACUACAUCCACAGAUGUCAGUCUUCAGGAGAAAGUUGCUGUCAUUAUUCAGGCUGCUGCUAGGAGAUUCUUGGCUCAGAGAGAACUCCAGAAACUUAAGUAUGUUGUCAAGCUGCAAUGUGCUGUCCGUGGCCAUCUGGUCCGGAGCCAGGCCAUUGGAACUUUACGGUGUGUACAGGCCAUCGCAAAAAUGCAAACACUGGUACGAGCUCGUCGUGCACAUCAAUUUCAAUUGCUGCAGAAGUGUACUGAACAAGGAAAGGUUGACGAGGAGUUUCACAAUGACUUGGUGAAGAGAAGUUCUGACAUAAAAUCAAAUAAAACAAACUCUACCAUGGAGAAGUUACUUUCCAAUGGGUUUGCUCGUCAGCUUCUGGAGAGUACACCAAAGACAACACGAACCCGUAUUAUUUGUGAUCCUUUGAGACAUGAUUCAUCAUGGCAAUGGUUGGAGAGGUGGAUGACUGUAAUCUCAUCAAAAGUAGGCCAAGAGCAGAAUCUCAAUUGCAUCGAUGAUUAUCAGGGACAGGAAAAAAUAAGUAAUUCUACUUAUGGAGAGCUAGAUGUUAUCCCUGUUGAGGCCUCUGUAUUAUCUGGUUCCAAUAUGCCCGCUCAAAAAUCAUCAGCUGCUAAAGGUGAUGGGGAUUUAAAAAUUGAUUAUUUUGGCAAUUUUGAAUCUCAGGCUUCAGCAAUUGUUUCCGUACAAAAUUUCAGUUUUUCAGCAGAGGGUGACAAAGAGCAUUCCGAGGUGGAAGAGUUUAUUGGGAUGAAAGAAGAGAACAUUGGUCAGACUGUUGGGGGUAAAGAAAGCACUGAUGCUGGUUCACAGUCCAAACAUGAUAAUUAUCCAAAUUGCAUGGAGUAUGUCAAGGAGGAUCUCAACCGUACAACUGAAACAGAUGCUUCCGAUCUAGCUGACACUGAAGGGAAAAAGUCAGAUCUGGGAUCAAAGAAAAUUCGUAAUCCCGCAUUUGCUGCUGUUCAGGCAAAAUUUGAGGAACUAAGUUCUGCUCCUCAACCUGUUAAGUCUGUCAGUGUUUGGCGAGAUACUGCUGUUGAAUCAAAACCAAAUUACUCUCAGGUGGUUUCUGUAGCAAAGGAUACAGAUGCAAGCUCUACUCUUAACUUAAGCACCCAAAAUUCAACAACUCAAAUUGCUGCUUCGGAAUGUGGCACAGAAAUAUCUAUUUCUUCAACACUUGAUUCUCCAGAUAGAUCUGAGACUGAUGGUGGUGAAAUUGUUCUUGAAAUUGGAACUUCAGGGGAGGGAAACCAUAACUUAAAUACUGUUGGUGGUGAGGCAUUUAAUGCUGAAAGCAUUAAAACUGAAGAGAGAAUACUUUCCUCUGCUUCAGAUGAAACUAAAGCGCAGAGACCCAAUCACAAUGAUGAAAACACAGUCACCGCAAUUGAUUCACUAAAUGUAGAGGAGCAACCAGUAGAGAUAAUCACACCGGGCAUCUGGAGCGAACAAGAAAACUUGAAAAUGCAGGCUUAUAGGUUGUCACCAGAAGGAUCUCCCAGAAACCAUAUGACUGUUCCAGAGUCACAUGAUACUCCCUCAAGCCAGGUGUCCAUACAGUCUAAAACAAGCAAGUCAGAGAGCAGCAAUAUGCCUUCUCAAAAGUCAAAAUCCAAAUCAAGGAGCAAGAAGUCCCCAUCAACUAUCAAGAGUGAUUUAGACGAUAAGAGCAGUAACAAGCAUUUGUUAAGGGAUGCGAAGAAUGGUAAUAGGCAGAGCUCAUUUGCAGCGGCUAAAACUGAUCAUACUGAUGAUGAAACCAGGCGCAGUAGUACUACCUCACUUCCAAGUUAUAUGCAAGCAACUGAAUCUGCAAGGGCCAAGGCUCAUGGGAGUCUCUCUCUGAAAUCUAGCCCCGAUGUCCAUGACAAAGAUAACCAUUUGAAGAAGAGACAUUCCUUGCCAAUUGGGGAUGAGAAGAAGGAUUCCUCCCCAAGGGUCCAGAGGUCUGCAUCACAAACACUGCAGAGUUCAAAGCGUAAUAGUAGCCAUUCCCCUCAGACAUCUUCUGAAAGGAGAUGGCAAAGGUGAGCAAGGGCCUCGGAAGUGGAUGAUAUGAUGAAUCAGUAGCUGAUAUUUUGGGACAUUUUAUUGUUUUGGUGUGAUUACAUCUACAAGCUUGCAAGCUGCAUGACCUGAUGAACAGUUUUUUAUUAUGAACGAUCGUGGACAUUGCGGUUGCAUGAAAUAACUCUCUGGAGAUUUGAUGCUAGUCAAGAAUUUCUUUUGUGUGAAUGUUGUACAUGGAUUGAUCUGAUUUCGGAGAUUUGUUGUGUGUAGGCGAUAUAGGCUUUGUGUAUGUUUCUUCGAGAAAUACUAAAAUUUCUGGGUUUUCACUUGUUUUAAACUGCUGGCAUCUUUCAUUCUUAACGACUGGUCUGCUAUUGUAACU